ACAUGUACUAUAUAUAUUUCCUGACUAUGGUCGUCUUUCUGGUCAGCAAUGGAUUGGCUUUUCUUUGCGAUGAGCAUGCGUCAAUCUGUGAGACGACCUUAGAGAUAGCUACUUCACUGACCAUGUUCCAUAAGACAGAAAAAGCUGUGUUUCCACACGGUGGCCGUCUGUAUCGUUAUGACGUUACCAAUUUUACCGCAGCUACACCAAUAAACGUAGAUGAAGUCAUCACAACUGACGGAUGGGAAAUGCAAAGAGUUGUUAUCGUAGCCAACGGCAGUCUGCCAGGGCCAACAAUUACAGUGUUCGAAGACCAAACACUUGUGGUACAUGUUAAAAAUAAACUGUACUCUGAUACCGUGUCCAUCCACUGGCAUGGACUACCACAGAAAGGCACACCCUACAUGGACGGGGUAGGGUUUGUAACACAGUGUCCCAUUAACCCUGGACAAACAUUUACAUAUACCUUUAAAGCUCGCCCUAGUGGAACAUAUUGGUAUCACUCCCAUGUUGGAGCGCAGAGAGCAAAGGGUUUAUAUGGCGCUUUGAUUAUUAAAGAGCGGAAUCCACCACCGAUUGUACAAGGACUGGGUGGAGACUUUGUCAUGCAAAUACAGGACUGGAACCAUGACUAUGACGUCGACCAAGCAUUCCUUUAUUCCAAUGCUGGAGUCUUUUUGAAUAGAAAAGAAAUCAAGCCCUCUGUGGCUCUGGAUGGGUCUAAAUUCAGUCUCUGGUAUGCCGAAUCAGCCUUAAUUAACGGGAGAGGAAGGUACUAUGACUCCUCUACCAAAGCACACAACGAAGCACCCCUUGAAGUUUUUAAAGUUAAAAAAGAUAAAAAAUACAGAUUCCGUGUAAUAAAUGGUUUGUAUCCCUAUAGAAUUUCUGUAGACAGCCAUCCUUUGAGAGUUGUGGCCACUGAUGGAUAUUACAUAGAACCAAUAAAUGUGGAAUCACUGAUAAUACACCCUGGUGAGAGAUUUGAUUCUGUUAUAUACACUAAUAACUUUGUUGGAAACUACAUGAUUAGAGGACAUACCUUAGAGGUUAACAGACGCACACUAGUCGAAGCGGUUUUACACUAUAACGGAGCAGACCAGAAUUUUGUGAACAUCUUCUCCACCCGAGCAAAUUGUCUGUCAUGGCACAAGUGCUUGGUUUUGAAUUGUCCGUUUUCUUUUUAUCCAAAUGAAACCAAUAUCCGGUGUAUAACACUGGAUAGCAUCAGGAGCUAUUCCCCCGAAGAAGUUCCUGAUUAUCAACCCGGAGCCUUUCAGGAACAUUUUCUGAACUUUGCAUUUCCAGGACUAAACUUUACCCCCGCUUCUGUUAACGGUGUAGAAUUUGCAUUUCCUACUGUCUCUGCGAUAUCUCAGCCGGCCGAGAUAACGGAACAAUGUUCAAAAGCUGACUGUGGGGAACAAAAGAUCUGCUCCUGUACUAACACCAUAGACUUGAAGCACAACGAUACAAUACAAUUUGUGUUUGUGAAUAUGGGGAAAGGAAAAGGUUGGUCUCAUCCAAUUCACAUGCAUGGGUAUACAUUUUAUGUUUUAAAAAUGGGAUAUGGUAAUUACAAUACGUCAACAGGUGAAUUCGUAUCGCAAAAUGCAGACAUAGACUGUCAAGGAGGAACCACUCAGGAUGAAAGUUUCUGUAACAAUGCCACUUGGAGUGAUCCAUCAUGGAGGCAUGGAAACAUUCUUGGUCUUAACCUCGUGGAUCCACCGCGAAAAGACACAGUUAUCGUACCUAGUGGUGGGUACGCGGUGGUUAGAAUUAAGGCUGGUAACCCUGGAUUAUGGAUCAUGCAUUGCCACAUCCAACUCCACUCAGCAGACGGCAUGACUUUACUUCUGAACGACUCUUUUCCAAACUUACCACCGGUUCCGAAUGGUUUUCCUACUUGUGGGAAUUUUAAAGGUUCUCGUACUGAGGGGAAACAAGAUACGUCAACACAAUCAGUUCCAGUUACCCAGCCUCAAGCAAUAAACACUGCCGCUGCGGUGUACGACAUCUGCCCUGCAGACUGGACCAGCAUAGACAACCAUUGUUAUAUGAUCAGCCAUGGCAAGCUCUCCUGGCCGCAAGCAGCAGAAAUGUGUGAGGCACUGAAAGGAACUCUUGCGACAUUCGAAAGUAGAGCAGAUGUCAGCUCAAUAGCUUUCCAGCUUCAUGGAGACAUACGUGGUGAGAAGAUCUGGGUCGAUGGAACUGAUGUAGUGCGCGAGGGACACUGGAUCUGGGCAUCCAACGGACAUGACGUCAUUUCCUCAUUCUUUGGCAGAGUCUUCAAUAACGACAAAGAAAAGAAUUGUCUGAGCAUGGACUCCGAUAAUCACUUUCAGUGGUAUGCUGAAAGCUGCCAUUCCGAGUUUUAUUACAUCUGCGAGAGACUCAAUGUUGUAACAAGUGGUUCCCCAAGCAUAGUAUGAUAGCCAUCAUGUCGAAAUUUCAGUAACCAAUUUCAAAGUGGUGCA